AUGCCGAGUUUAAGUGAACUUGUAGCCUUUGUUGUGACCUCCAUCAUGUUUUUUCUGGGUGCUUGGAUAAAUGGCUUCAUUGUGUUGCUGCACUGUAUCACUUGGGUCAGAAAUAGGAAAAUUUCUUUUUCUGACUUCAUCAUUCUGAAUUUGGCUCUCUCCAGAAUCAUCCUGCAAGGGUUACCAAUGGUUGGUGUUGUGUUCAUGGUUUUUUAUCCUCAUUUAUUUCAUGUAGGUUUUUAUGUGAAAUUUCUCGAUAUUUUCUGGUGGUUUACCAACAACUUAAGCAUCUGCCUGACAACCUGCCUCAGUGUCCUCUACUGCCUGAAGAUUGCCAACUUCUCCAACCAGGCCUUCCUCUGGCUCAAGAGGAGGGUUUCUCAUGUGGUUGUCUGGAUUCUUGUGGGAUCUGUGCUCUAUUCCUUCACUAUAUUGGCAUUGACUCUAAAAUACCACGUUUAUUCUGCCAUGAAUCAAAUGAAACACUCAGGAAAUUACACUAAAGAAGUCAAAAGAAUGAGAACUCAUUAUUAUCUGUUGAAUUUUCUUGGUACUCUCUGGUCACUCAUUCCACUCUCCUUGUCCCUGACCUCAUCUGUCCUGCUCAUUCUCUCCCUGGUGAGACAUACCAGGCAGAUGAAACAUCAUUCCAUUGACAUGAGGGACCUGAGCACCAUGGCCCAUGUGAGAGCUACCAAAGUCAUCCUCUCCUCUUUCAUACUCUUCAUUGGAUACCUCCUAGCCUUCUUUCUUGCUAAGUCUACUUAUUUCUUUCUAACCACCAAGAUAUCAGAGAUGAUUUGGUCACCAAUUUUCAUAAUUUAUCUCUCUAUUCAAACUUUCAUUUUAAUCCUGGAAAAUCAAAAGCUGAAGCAAGCAUUCCUCAGGAUGUUUCAGGUCAAAAAGUGGUGGCUAAAAUGUUAG